AUGACCAUAUUACCAUCAAAAGUUAUUCUUAAAUUACAACAAAACGCUGCUAAUGUUAGAAAUAUUUGUGUACUGGCACAUGUUGAUCACGGAAAAACAUCUAUAUGUGAUGCACUUAUUGCAAGUAAUGGAAUUAUUAGUAAAAAAUUAUCAGGGAAAGUAAGAUAUCUUGAUUAUAGAGAUGAUGAACAAGUAAGACAAAUUACUAUGAAAACAUCUUCAAUUAGUUUAUAUACUCAAUUAGGAGACCAACACCAUUUACUUAAUUUAGUUGAUUCACCUGGUCAUGUUGAUUUUAGUGGAGAAGUUAGUAGUGCAGUGAGAUUAACUGAUGGUGCAUUACUUGUAGUUGAUUGUAUUGAAGGAGUUUGUGUUCAAACUCAAACAGUGUUAAGACAAGCUGCAUCAGAAGGACUUCAAAUGAUAUUAAUAAUUAAUAAAAUUGAUCGAUUAGUAUUUGAAAAAAAUUUUAGUAUCGAAGAAGCUACAGAUCAUUUAGAACAACUAGUGAAUUCAGUAAAUAAUGCAACAGCAGUUGUAACAGAUGAUAAUGGUCCUGUAUUUGGAGAUGAUUAUUUUGAUCCUAUUAAAGGAAAUGUUGUUUUUGCAAGUGCUAUUGAUGGAUGGGGAUUUGAUUUGGUUGCAAUAUCAGAAGUUUAUGCAAAAAAAUUUGGAAUGAAAGAAGAGUCAUUAAGGAAUAUUUUGUGGGGAGAACACUUUAUUAACAUGAAAACAGGUAAAACAUUUAAAACACAAAUUGAUGGUACAACGAAAGUAUUUAGUCAAUUAGCAUUAAAACCAAUUUGGGAUAUUUACAAUACUGUUCAUCAAUAUUUCGAUAAUAAAACAAAAGAAGCAGCUAAACAAAGAAUUAUUAAAAUAUCAACUGCAUUAGGGAUGAAUAUUGGUGCAAGAGAAUUUGCUAUUCAUGAAGAAAAAUCUUUUUUGUUUUCAAUGAUGAACAAUUUUGUUCCAAUUGCAAAAACAAUAUUACGUUGUGCAGUUCUUCAUCUUCCAUCUCCAUUGGAAGCACAACCAAAAAGAAUUAAUAAAAUUUAUUCAACUCAUACUUCAUUAUUAAAAGAUACUGUUCUUCAUUGUGACGCUUCAUCUCCAGAAUGUGUACUUUAUGCAGCAAAAAUUUUCCCAUUUGGUGAACAAAUGAUUGCCUUGUGUAGAGUUUUAGGUGGAACAGUUCAUCGGGGACAAGAACUUUUUAUUUUACCAUCAAAAUAUGAUCCAACUAUAUCUAAUGCAGUUGAUAAAAUCCAUUCAUUUAAAGCAAAUCAAAUUUAUUUAUUAAUGGGUCAAACUACACAAGACAUGGAAGAAGUACCAGCAGGUAAUAUUCUUGGGAUCCAAGUUACUGGAAUUAAUAUGUUUAAUGCUGCAACAUUAAGUUCGACACUUCAAUGUAGUCCAUUAGCUCCUUUAGUAUCAAGUGGAGCCAAACCAGUAUUGAGAGUAGCUAUUGAACCAGUACAUAGUGAAGAUAUGAAAGCAUUAAUUGAUGGAUUAAAUCUACUUGCAUUAUCAGAUCCAUCUGUUAUAACUACUAUUCAAGACUCAGGAGAAAAUUUAUUAUUAACAACUGGAGAAUUACAUCUUGAAAGAUGUAUGAAAGAUCUAAAAGAAUUAUUUGCACGUGUACCAUUUACUUAUACUGAUCCUAUUGUUUCUUAUAGAGAAACUAUUCUUGGGCAAUCUGGCUUUGCUGAAGAAACUACAGCAGAUGAAAGUGUUUCAUUUAAAGUCCAUUGUGUUGCGAUGAAAGAAGAAACAAUUGAGAAGAUUAAUGAUAUUUCAACAAUGUUAAGAAUGUCAAGUAGAAAUCAUCAAACAGAUGAACAUUUAAAUCAAAAAAUUAAAACUAUUUUAGAAGGAGAAAACAAUGAAUGGAAAAAUAAAUUAAUUUGUUUUGGACCAAAAAGAUGUGGGCCAAAUAUUCUUAUUAAUCUUACUGAUGAAGAUCUCCCACUUUGGCCUCAAGAUAAAGAUAUCAAAAAUUAUACUUCGUUAAUUACUAAUGCUGUUAUUAGUGGAUUUCAAUUAGCUACUUCUGCUGGACCUCUAUGCGAUGAACCAAUGGAAGGACUAAUAUUUAUUAUUGAUGAAAUUCUUAUUGAUGAAGAAACAAGAAGUGGUAAUAUUCAAGGACAAGUUAUUACUGCAUUUAAAGAUGCUUGUUUAGCUGCAUUCCAAUUAGGAAGACAAAGGAUUAAAGAGCCAAUGUAUUUAUGUGAUAUUAGAUGUCCAACUGAAUGUAUUGGUAAAGUUUUUCAAGUAUUAGAUAAAAGAAGAGCAAAAACCCUUGAAGAAGGAUAUGAUGAAACUCAACUAAUGAAUAUUAUUAAAGCACAACUACCUGUUGCUGAAUCUUUUGGAUUUACAGAUGAUAUGUUAGGUCAAACUUCUGGUGCUGCAUUUACACAAACUCAAUUUGAUCGGUUUGUGACCAUUGCAAUUGAUCCGUUCUGGGUCCCAACAACAGAAGAAGAAUUAGAAGAGUAUGGUGAAAAAGCUGAUAUUAAGAAUAUCGCUAAAAUCGCUAUAGAUAAUACAAGAAAAAGAAAAGGAUUAGUUUUAGAUGAAAAGAUUGUUGAAUUUGUUGAUAAACAAUCUACCAGAAGCAAGAAAAAGUAA